AUGGCUCCUAGCGGUGUUACCCAUGAACUGUCUGCCAAGCGUCGGCAGUUCGCUGGCGAGCCUGGCUUCAAAGGACUUGUCAGUAAUGGAAGGACGUUUGCGAUCGCACUGUUCGCAUCCCUGGGUGGUCUGUUGUACGGCUACAAUCAAGGAAUGUUCUCGUCAAUUCUGACCAUGUCCUCUUUCCAGCGGGAGAUCGAAGGUUAUGCCGCCGAAACGGGAACUAAGCAAGCCAUCACAACUGCCAUUCUCGAGCUUGGAGCAUGGGUUGGUACCCUGCUGAAUGGAUGGCUCGCGGAUGCGAUCGGUCGUCGUCAGACAACUAUUCUUGCAGUCUUUGUCUUUUGCAUCGGUGUCAUUGUUCAGGCAAACACCCACGCUGUCAGCUAUGUUCUUGGCGGUCGAUUCGUCACUGGUCUGGGUGUGGGUAGUUUGAGUAUGAUUGUGCCAUUGUAUAAUGCUGAGCUGGCUCCCCCCGAAAUUCGCGGUUCACUUGUCGCUGUGCAGCAGUUGGCUAUCACCUUUGGUAUCAUGGUCAGCUUCUGGAUUGGCUAUGGCUGCAACUUCAUUGGCGGAACUGGAGAAACACAAUCUAAGGCAGCCUGGCUGGUCCCUGUCUGCAUUCAGCUGGCGCCAGCUAUCAUCCUGGGAAUCGGUAUGGCAGUCUUUAUGCCUCAAUCUCCCCGUCACCUGAUGAACACUGGUCACGAAGAGGAAUGCUUGAAGGUUUUGGCCUGGCUGCGGAACAAGUCCACAGAUGACAUUGUGGUGCGCAUUGAGUACCUCGAGGUGAAAGCUAUGCACAUGUUCGAGAAGGAAACCUCAGCGGCCAAGUACCCGCAGUACCAAGACCCCUCUCGAAAGAGCAACCUUAUGAUUCUUAUCAACGACUAA